CUGAUGGGAGACUCACCCCACUGAUGGGGGAGACUCAGCCCAGCCUCAGGGAGCCCCACACUGAUGGGGAGACUCACUCCACUGAUGGGGGAGACUCAGCCCAGCCUCAGGGAGCCCCACACUGAUGGGGAGACUCACCCCACUGAUGGGGGAGACUCAGCCCGGCCUCAGGGAGCCCCACACUGAUGGGGAGACUCACCCCACUGAUGGGGGAGACUCAGCCCAGCCUCAGGGAGCCCCACACUGAUGGGGAGACUCACCCCACUGAUGGGGAAGACUCAGCCCGGCCUUGGGGAGCCCCACACUGAUGGGGAGACUCACUCCACUGAUGGGGAAGACUCAGUCCAGCCUUGGGGAGCCCCACACUGAUGGAAAGACUCAUCCCACAGUUGGGGGAGACUCAGCCUAGCCUUGGGAAGCCUCACACUGAUGGGGAGACUCACCCCACUGAUGGGGGAGACUCAGCCCGGCCUCGGGGAGCCCCACAAUGAUGGGGAGACUCACCCCACUAAUGGGGAAGUCUCAGCCCGGCCUCGGGGAGCCCCACACUGAUGGGGAGACUCACCCCACUGAUGGGGAAGACUCAGCCCGGCCUCGGGGAGCCCCACACUGAUGGAAAGACUCAUCCCACAGAUGGGGGAGACUCAGCCUAGCCUUGAGAAGCCUCACACUGAUGGGGAGACUCACCCCACUGAUGGGGAGACUCAGCCCGGCCUUGGGGAGCCCCACACUGAUGGGGAGACUCACCCCACUGAUGGGGGAGACACCACCAGGCCUCAGGGAGCGCUGUUGUUGGAGGCACGCCCUGUUCUUGGGGCACCCUGGCUGGAUGGGGAGGCUUAGCACUGUGAGGAGAUGUGGCCAUGGGGGGGUCUCUGCCCAGGCCAGCCUGCUCCCUGCCCCUUGCAGGCUGGAGCCCGCGGACCCCGACGAGGACGAGGGCUUCGGGGACUGGUCCCAGAAGCCGGAGCAGCAGCAGCCCUGGGGGCCCGGGGAGCCCGAGGGCCCCGGUGUGCAGGCCCAGCCCGACAGGCCCUGCCUGCAUGUCUGUGGGGCCCAGGAUGUCCCCGCGCUGAGCUCAGCCCAGGCCGGCAUGGAGGAGCUGUGCCUGAGCCCCGGCUCUGGACCCCAGGAGCUGGGCCCAGCGGAGGCCCCCCGGGGCAGCCUGGGGGCGCAGGCGGAGAAGCAGGACCAGCCAUGCCAGGAGCCCAGGACACCCAGAACCUUGGCCCUGGAGGCGACGGCCGAGCAGGGCUCACCUCCCCUGAGCCCCAGCACCAAACUCAGUGGCGGAGCCGAGGCCCUGGACUGCUCCCUCACAAAGAGCGGCGGCAUGAGCAAGCCCCAGAUGGCCGUGCCCACCUCCAAGAUUGACCAGUGGCUGGAGCAGUACACCCAGGCCGUCGAGACUGCUGCCCGGGCCCCCAAGCCAGCCCGCCAGGUCUCCAUUGAGCUGCCCAGCAUGGCCGUCGCGAACACCAAGAGUCUGUGGGAGAGUGGCGAGGUGCAGGCCCAGUCGGCGGCCAAGAGUGCCCCCUGCAAGGACGUUGUGGCUGGAGACAUGAGCAAGAAGGGCCUCUGGGAGCAGAAAGGGGCCCCUGCAGCCUCGUCCACCAUGAAGAGCACCCCGUCGUCCGGCAAGAAGUUCCGGUUUGUGGCCACCGGGCAUGGGAAGUACGAGAAGGUGCCGGUGGACACGGCCUCAGCACCCUAGCUUCCCGAGACUGCCAUGCAGGCCGGGGCCUCCAGGCUCUGAGCCAGAUGCCACCCGCUUGCUGAAGAAGCCGCCAGACCCUCCCGGCUGCCACGCAGCCGCGGCCCGGCCCUCCAGUGCCCCCACCCCACUCGCCGCCCAGAGCCAGGCCAGGGAAGGGACUUGCCAAUGGCUGCGGGACCACCGGGGCACCCCCAGCUCCCGGGAAGGCACAGCCGAGGCAGCAAGAGGCCCAGCGUCCAGCACACCCCAGGGACCUGGGGUCAAGAGCCACCGAAGCUGCUUGGCACGCUUGGGCGCUGCCCACCCCCCCCCCCCGGCUCCU